CGCCGCCCCGAGCGUCACCGCGCGCCGCCGACAGCCCCGGGCGCACCGGCAGGAUGGAGCUGCUGGCCGGCUGCUACGAGCAGGUCCUUUUCGGCUUUUCUGUGCGCGCGGAGCCGGCAGCGGACGGCGGCCCUGGGAAGUGGACCCCGGCGGCCGACUUCACCCACCACGCCCACACGGCUUCCCUGUCCGCUGUGGCUGUCAACAGUCGCUUCGUUGUCACUGGAAGCAAAGAUGAAACGAUCCACAUUUAUGAUAUGAGGAAGAAGGUGGACCAUGGGGCGCUGGUGCACCACAGCGGCACAAUUACUUGCCUCAAAUUCCAUGGCAACAGGCACCUGAUCAGCGGGGCCGAGGACGGGCUCAUCUGUGUGUGGGACGCCAAGAAGUGGGAGUGCCUCAAGUCCAUCAGGGCGCACAGGGGACACGUGACCCACCUCUCUGUUCACCCUUCUGGCAAGUUGGCGCUGUCCGUGGGUACGGACAAGACUCUGAGAACUUGGAAUCUUGUGGAAGGGAGAUCAGCCUUCAUAAAAAACAUAAAGCAAAAUGCCCACAUAGUGGAGUGGUCCCCCCGAGGGGAGAAGUACGUGGUCGUCACACUGAACCAGAUAGAUGUCUACGAGCUGGGCACGGCAUCAGUCAGCGGCACCAUCGCCAGUAAGCGGAGGGUGUCCUCCGUCAGCUUUCUUUCCGAGUCUGUCCUCGCGGUGGCUGGCGACGAAGACGUGGUUAGGCUUUUUGACUGCGACUCACAGGUGUGCCUCUGCGAAUUCAAGGCUCAUGAAAACAGGGUGAAGGCCAUGUUCAGCUUCGAGACUCCUGAGCAUCACAUCAUUGUCACAGCCUCCAAUGACGGCUUCAUCAAAAUGUGGAAGCUCAAUGAGGACCAGAAUGUCCCCCCGGUGUUACUGUGUGAAGUGAAUACCAGUGCCAGGCUGACGUGCCUCGGGGUGUGGCUGGACAGUGCUGAGGGCCCCAGAGAGAGCCUGGCGGAGCCUCUCCCUGUAAAUAAAGAACAGUCCAGAGUCAGCAAAAAGGCAGCUGGAGGUGCGGUACAGGAGGAAGAAGGGCAGCCGGAGCCAGGGAGGCCGAGUGCUGCCCCACAAGGCCCCCGGGCCGAGCCCACUGCGGGGGACAGCCUGGUGCCCGGCAGGAAGAGGAAGGCCACAGCCCUGCCAGGGAAGAAGAGGAGGAAGAGGGGGAAGGUGUGACUGCGGCCGCUUCUGACGGCGGGUGUGUUUCCAGGGCGCUUCCACUUUCUGAGUGGAGGCUCGGAAUUGCCUCUUCUGGAGAAAAGUGCAGCUUAGAAAAGAUCACCAAGUCACUGCCAAGUGGUUUUCUUAACAUGCGAAAAGCUUUGCAAUGGGUGGCGUUUCUGAAUCACAUGUCACGGUGAUGUGUGUUAGUAUGUAAUAUAACUUUUAUUAUUGUCUAAAGGAAAUAAAGAUUUUUCUUAGAAUGCUGCCA